AUUGGUACGCCUUCGGAAUGGGAGAUCAUGGGGCGGUCAGAAACGGUUAAAAGAGUUCCUCUCUUACCCUAUCUUGGGGAAUAUGAAUUGGUUGCAAAUACAUUCAGGACAACCUUACGACAUGCCGAGAUCCUGCAGAUAGACAGAAUUCAAAAUGUGUUUCUCUGGGAAUGUUACCAAUUGAAACGAAUACAGCUCGAAAAGAAAUAUGGAUGUACCAAUGAGAGGGACCUAUUUCACGGUACCCUACCAAAUAACGUAGACGUCAUCUGCAAAGACAACUUCGACUUCCGUCUUGCAGGUGAAAGAGUUGGAACUAGACUAGGACAAGGUACAUAUUUUGCCAGAGAUGCCAAGUAUUCAGAUUCGUAUGCAUCACCAGAUAAGCAAGGAAGCAAAUGCAUGUUUCUUGCCAAAGUACUCUGUGGAAAAUGGUGCAACGGAGAUGGAAAUUAUAAAAGGCCCCCACCCGUUGAUCCUAAGAGAAAACAUUCGGAUCUUUAUGACUGCUGUGUUGAUGAUGUGGAUGAUCCUAAAAUUGUCUGCGUAUUUGAUCAGAAUCAAUAUUAUCCACAUUACUUGAUAAAAUACAAAUAAAUUUUAUUGCAAAUUUUUA